AUGAGACUCCGUCAGCAUUUUUACAGAGAUUAUGGGACUCAAAUGAGAAAGUACUCAGGUAUGAACCCUGAGGAUCCAGUAGCACAGGGCCUCCUCAAAGUACAUUUUGUGACUAAAGCAUGGCCGGAUAUCCAAAAGAAAAUUCAGAAAAUAGAGGGAUGGAGUGACAAAUCUUUGGAUGAAUUAUUAAGAAAGGCACAGAAAGUGUUUGUAAAGAGAGAGAAUGAGAAGCAAAAAGAGAAGGCGAAAAUGAUGGUAGCCACGGUUGAUGAGAUAGUCAAGAAAAGAGUGGAACCGAUACAGAGGUUCAUUAACUACGCUAGGGAUGCAGUCAAAGGUAUAGCAGAGCAGCUCGAUGCAACCAGCAGAAUAGCUUGGGAGAACAGAAUGGCCUUAGACAUGAUCCUAACUGAAAAAGGCGAUGUGAACCAGAGAUCUGAUCCUCAUGCAUCUGUAAGUGGUUUAAGUGAACAGAAUAGUUCAGCAACUGAAUCAACAAGCAGUGCCUCCGUGUCGACUGAUGUGCCAGAGUUGCCUGGAUUUUACUAUGAUCGCAAAAAGGACAGAUACUUUAGGCUGUUACCUGGACACAAUAACUGUAACCCUCUUACUUGGGAAUCAAUUAGGAAAACGGAAAUGGAGGAAAAGCGAUUGAAGAAGUUGGAAGAGGAUGCUAAAGCUAAGCAGCUGGUGGUUAGAAUGGGUCUGAAUCUCACGAGGCUUCUACAGAAAAGACAUUAUGGAUUAAUGAAACCAGCAUCAUGUUUGCGAAAGGCAGACACCAACGUGGAGCGGAUAUUUGCUGCAAUAACUGAUAAAACUGGCUACAAAUAUGGAAUUUUAAAUUUGGAUGGACAUCGGAAAGAAUCGCAACUUAUUUCUGUGGAUAUGUGUGACAAACUCUACUCCACGCAUCGUAAGGGGACUGCAGCUUGCUGGGCGUCUCUGAACGGCCGUGAUUCUCAUGUCUUGCUUUGCCUUUCUGGCAAUGCGGACGUACCGGGAUGUAUUAGCCUACUUCCAACUUCAAUCUUCAGUGACUCAAAUCCUGCAGAUCACCUGAGUAUGCUGUGUAACUUUAGGAGUUCAACGGUCUGGUCCUGUGCCUGGUGCUUCAAUCCACAAGCUGAUAAAUGCUUCAGUACAGGUUUGUUGAACUGUGUCUGUGUGACCGAUGCCGUAACAGGUCAAAAACAGAUAUUCUACACAAACAGCAGUGUUCUUGCUCAGCAGUUUGCUCAUAGGGCCCCUGUGUUGUAUAAUGGCUGUCGAUCAGGAGAGAUUUUCAGCCUAGACAUCAGACAGCGAAUGGCAAAAGCCCUGAGUUGGGCAGGUACAACAAUCUCCCAAAACUCUGCUGUGACUUCCAUCCAGCUCUUACAGGAUGAAAAUUACCUCUUGGCUGCAGACAUGAUUGGAAAGAUUAAACUUUGGGACCUGAGGACUACAAGAUGUGUUAAACAGUAUGAGGGUCAUCAUAAUGAGUGUGCUUAUCUCCCUAUCCAUCCUCAUGAAGAAGAAGGUGUUCUUUUAGCUGUUGGACAAGAUUGUUACACUCGAAUCUGGAGUCUACAUGAUGGUACCCUCCUUCGAACAAUUCCAUCUCCUCACUCUAUUUCCAAGGACUCCAUUCCCAGUAUAGUUUUCUCUUCACAGUUGGGAGGAAGAAGUGGUGUACCUGGACUUCUGAUGGCAGUCUAUCAUGAUCUAUAUCACUUCUCAUACAGCUCCAAUCACUGACUGUAACAUUGAGAGAAAAUUUAAAAAUAUAGUUCACAUGGCACCAGCUCCAAUAAUAAGAUUUGUUCAGUGAAGAAGAAAGAUUUCAAGCGGUUAUAUUUUUCUAAUCUCCUCCAGCAGUGAUGUUUUUAAAAUACGUGUGUGAAGAGCAGAAGAGGCUGAACAGCUGGUCCUUUAAGUUUGUGUUCUUAAUAGAAUAUUGUAUUGUGCUGGUUACAUAAAAUUUAAAUGAAUAAACUUUUCUUUUGUUA